CCGAAACGAGCGCUUUCUUUUCGCGUCGUCGCCGUCCCGCCGCCGCCGCCGCUGUCGCCCGCGAUGAACUGGCUCUCGUCCAUAUUCUCGAACGACAGGUCGCGCGACAUGCGCCGCGGCCAGGCGAUGUCCUCCACCCACGACGCAUUCUCUCUCCCGACGUCCUCACCCACCCUUGCCGCGCAGUCGGACGCAUUCCAGUCCAACUACGCCAACACCGCCGACCCCGAGGGCGGCCUCAACAGUCCCGCGUUCUCCUACCCGCCUCAGGACCGCGGCGGGUACGGCUUUGUGUCCACUCCCGGCCCUGCAUCGCGCCGAUCGUCACUCCUGCCCCUUCAUCACGACCCGCUGCACUCGCAAAUGCCUCCCACAACACCAUACCCACCGCUUGCCACCACCUGGAAUCGACUGCGGCUCUGGCUGCAGCGCGAGUACCCGGAGCUGGGCGACACCCUCAACUUUGGCAUCCUCCCGCAGGACCUCGCGCAGAUCGAGAUGCAGUUCGGCUUCGCCCUGCCUGCCGUCGUGCGCGAGUCCUACCUCAUUACCGACGGGCAGGAGGCAGAAUCAUCGGUCGGAUGUUCGCUGGGUCUUUUCUUUGGGCUUUCACUUCUCCCGAUGGAGGACGUGCUCGACGAAUGGCGUUUCUGGCGCGAGGUCGACGACGACCCUACGACGGGCGCGAAUCCACGCCUGCGCGAGAUGAUGCAGAGCAUCCCUACCGGCUGGAUACGUAAGGAGUACUCGCAGCGCGGCUGGAUACCCCUCAUCGCCGAUCGUGCGGGCAAUUAUGUCGGCGUUGACCUCAAUCCCGCCGAGGGUGGCAAGCCUGGGCAGGUCAUCGUCUUCGGCCGCGACUUUGACACAAAGGUCGUUCUGUGGCGAGGCGAGGGGCAGGCUGGUUGGGCGAACUGGCUGGCAAGCUUUGUUGACGAGCUUGAGGCUGGCGAGGGCUUCGAGAUUGGCAACGUAUCUGACGAGAGCUCGGGCGAUGAGGAUGACAUUGGCUAUGAGAGCUACUACAACGAUGGCCGCGGGCAGGGCGAUGGAGGAGGGGACAACGGAGUUGGCGGAGGCCUGAAGUUGACGGGUGAAUACAGGGGAUGGAGCGUUUUGGAAGCUUGGGCAGAUCGUAGUCUGCGGAAGUGGUACGAAGCUGGCCUCGUCACCGACUUCACCAUGCCAGGGUCUGAGCAGAAAGGCAAAGCACCUGCAAAGGAGACCGAUGUUGGCGCGGACCUCGUUGGCCAGGGCUCUGCAGCGGAGGUCGCUAUACCCGUACUCGCUGAUGUGGGAACGUCAUCUCCGAAGGAAGUCAAAUUGACCCGCGAACUCCCCACGAUAUCCGUCACCAAGCCUCCCGCCCCCGUCCCCGUCGACCUCCCUACCCCUCGGGAUAUCAUCGCCCUCCCAUCACCUCCCGACUCUACGCACUCCUCGUUCGACGAGGACGACCUCGAACUCGGCCGUUCCACUGUCAUGCGGGACCGCGAGGAUGAGUCCCUCGUUGCCUUGGGUUCUCCGACCCCAACAACGCCCGCAACGGCUACUACGCCAACGGUACUUGCUCCUCAGCGGCAGGCGGCACCAAUACCAAUCACCCAGUCGCCCUCCCCGCCGCCAGACAAAAUUGACCUGCUCGAUGAUUCUGCACCGACGCUGGAUACCGCUCCUAUCACGCCUUCCAUCUCCAACAGCUCGCCCACGACUAUCACCCCAGUCAAGACUAUUCCAGAUACGUCUGUCGCUGGGGAGGUGCUCGCGCCGGUGGCCAGCCCGAUAGACGAGCCGGUGGAAGAGACAGAGCCUGAUACGACCAUCAGGCUAGUUGGGGGCGGUGGUGCGGCCGGUACUGUAGACGAGCAAGAGGUCGAGGAAGAAGUUCAGCAACCAGAGGACGAUACUGUCGCUGCCGACGUUGACGGUGCCCCCGCUGCGGAUGCUCAACCUUCCGACGCCAAGGGCCACAAGAAGUCGAAGUCAAAAAGCAGUCUGGCCAGCCUGAAGAAGCUGGGCAAUCGAGGGAAGAAGGGCUCGGUUUCGAGCGUAAAGACCCAGGACGACGUCGCGUCGUCUCCCGUAUCCUAGGUUCGGGUGAAUGACAACGCGCCUGAUCUCAUUCCCUCUUCCGCUUCGUCUGUCCAUCCGUACGUUCGAACAUUUCCCGCUCCUCCUGCAUAGACUCCAAAGGACAUACAGCCAAUGUUCCAUACUUAUCACGCCCGAGGACGCCGUGCAUAUCGCUUCGCUAUCCUAUGUCUGCCUCGGCCACUCGCGAGUCGCACUUCGCUCAUUGUCCGCGCAGUCAGCCCUCUUUCCUUCCUCUCGCUUUUCGGUCGAUAAAUCAUCCUGCCUGUCGAUAAUUCACGUGUGUAGCUUGCAAGCUCUUUUUUUCUUUCUAUACCCGUUCCUGCAUAGUGCGCCCUCGUAUAACUGCUUUCCGCUAUCACCUGCACGAAUCGUACGACGCGUCGCUUCCCCGGGGACGAUUGGCAAUGUAAUGGAGGUUAUGGAAGACUUGCACGUCGGGGUGUGUACCGAGGAGCAGGGGUGGCC